AUGAGCAACAACAACAAUAAUACAUCGAAUCAGUCGACGGUCUCACUCUCGGUGAAUAACAAUAGCAGCUCUUUGAAUUUAACUACACCAACGAAUCGGAUUGGAAGAUCACGUUCUGUUCUUUCAAAGAAGGCAGGAGUGGCGGGAAUUGUGGGCUUGGUGGCAAAUAAUACGAGUGCCAAUAGUAGCAUUACCAGUAAUACAAGUACUAACUUGAAAAUUCCUGUUCAACGAUUAAAUCAAUCAAAGGAUGAAAGUAAUACGAGUGGUAUAAAGGAUGAUAUAAAUAAUACGAGUAGUUUUAGUUAUACUAAAGAAUUUGAGGAAGAAAAAUUGGGAGAGAUGAAUGAUGAUGAACUGUUUCAGAAACUCCGAGAUAUAAUUAAGGGAGAACAAUCGGAGGAAUCAAUAUUACAAGCAAAAGUGGUUAAUCGAAUUGCUAGUUCAAUCAAUGAAAAGUAUACAACUGAAUACAUUCAAGAAUGGAAACAAUUGAAUUUAUUUCAUUAUAAAAAGCUUAAUCAACUUGGAAGUGAUGCAAAGGAUAACAUGACAGAUUUAAGUACUCUUGUCUAUGAUCUAAUGGCUUUUAAGGAUAUUAUUCUGGAAUAUUAUACAGUAUUACCAUACAAAUUGUUACAAGAUAUUGUACUGAUUUCAUCAAAGUUUUAUAGAAAACAAAUUAUUUCAAAGAGAUAUCUGCAAAUGGAAAAGGAGGUUGAAUUUUUGAGAGGAGAAAAUAAAUUUCUGAAAGAAAAUACAGCCAACGUGGAAAAACAAACUUUGAAAUUGUAUAACGAGUUGACAGAUGCUUUUUUAAGAAAUCAAGAAUCGGCUGUUUCAGAAAUUGAAACAGAUAGAAGUUCUUCAGAUGAAGGAGAAAAUAUCAAGAAUAGCAAAUAUAAUGAAGAAUUGAGAGAGUUGGGAUACAAGUUGGAUUCUGAAUUGAGAGGAGCUUUCCAAAAAAUCAAUGCACUCAAAGAAGUUUUAGACAAUUCACUCACUCAAUCCAACACUCUCAAGUCAACAGAGGCCAAAGUUUUCCAACAAUUGCAAUCAGUCUCAGUUCAAUUGAUAACACUCUCCAAAAAGUUUGAUGGCAAGCUUCAAGAUUCUGUUCAAAACAUUUCCAAAGAAAUUGAUAAAGCUCUCGAGAAGAAACUCAAAGCUUCCAAGAGAGAUAUGGUCCAGUGGAGAUUGUUCAACAAGGAUGUAGUCUCAAAGAGUCAAAUGAAGGAAUUGUUAAUGAAGGCGAGGGAGGAUUUACUCUCCAUAAAGGAUGAUAAUGAUGCAAAGGAAGAGAGUAGGGAUGAAAAAAUGGCUGAAAAGAUAUUGCAAGUUGAUGAAUCUCUCAAAUCACUUAUCCUUCAAGUUGCUCCAAACGAGUUUUCGAGAGUGCCAGAGGAGAACCAAUUGAGAGGUAACAAUACAGACACAAAGAGACCUAUCAAAUUACUCCAACAAACUCUCAAUGAGAUUAGGUACGAAAAGAAUGCAGAGAAAGCUGCAAAGCAGUCAUACCUUAAAAAGUUCACAUCUACUGUUGCAUUGGCAGUUGAGCAAAAAGAUGCUGGAAGAAGUGCUCCCGUAAAGAAAAUGUCUGCUUCAAUAUUUGACGAGCAAGCUCCCCAAACGCCAACUGAAGAGGACGCUGCCAACAAUAAUAGUCACUGUACUAGUGUAAACAAUAGUAACACUGAGGAAAAGGAAGAACCAUCCUCAAUUAACGUUCAACAACCAUUUAAGGUGGAUCAAAUGUUGAAACACAUCGAAAAAAUUACAACCAACAUUCAAGAAGAUAACAAAUCGUUCCAAGUCUAUCAGAAGAAACUGCAAGAAACGGAGAAGAAGUAUGUUUCUAAAAUUAAGGACCUCGAACGACAAGUUCUCAUUCUACAAGAAGAGUUAGUUAAAAAGAAUACAAAACCACAAGGAAAAUCUCCAAUCAACAAGGUGACAAAUGCUGUAACUGCUGUAAAUAGAAUGAAGAGUGCAGCUGAGGAAUCGUCGUCCAAUCUACUCAGUACUGACUUUUCUACAAAUCCAAUCCUUUCACCAUCUCCAACUCCUAAUAAUCUUCAAAAUCUAUUUGCAACACCCAAAUCGGCUUCUACCUUAGAUGAUCAAAGAUCAUUUUCAAAUAGUCCACAGCCUAAAGCUGUGGACAAGUCAUUCCAAAAUACUAACAGUAAUUCUGGAAUACUCAAGAGCCAUGGCUCAAAAACGAAUGUGCAACAACAACAACUGCAGCAGCAACAACAAUCUUUUGUUGACACACCUUCAAAAAGUGUGACCUUCCAACUUCCAGCCAAUGGAAGUAUCAAUCCAAAUAAUCAAACAAUUCAGAAUUCUGUUGACGUAAGGCAGAGUGUUGAUUCUAAAGUUGGAAAUCUUAGUAUUUCUGUCACAGAUAGCAGAGUCAAAUUCCCUAAUUCCAACUCUCAAAACACAACACCAUCGAAAUCAUAUGACCAUAAUACUGACAAUCUAGUUACUCCUAACAUUAAUACCAACACUAGAAAUGAAACAGAAACUAUCAUAAUACCUUCUCCUCUAACUCAAGUUGUCAUCUCUUCAAAUGAGACCUAUAAUGGAGAAGUUUCCAGUCCAACAUCUUUCCACACAGAAAAUAAUCCUCUAGUUCUUCAAAUUUCAUCCUAUGGAGGAUAUCCUCAGAAAUAUGCCUAUGGUAGUGGCAUAUCUACUAGCAACACUGCUAAUAAUUAUGUUGGUAUUGAUAUGUUACAACAACAGCAACCACAAUACAAUUACUAUGACAGUGAAAAUGAAAUGGACUAUCGAAGAGACAUUUCUCAAAACCCUGAUGCUGUUAAGGAGUGUCUCACUGCCCAGUCAAUUGGUCCACUAGGCACAGCAUCAGGCAGAAGAAGACCAGAGGAAAUUAAUAUUGUUACCUAUAACAGAUCUAGCUCACCAGUUUCUAGAUCAGAAUCAGUAUCACCAACAAUGAGAAAGACUAGGAGAACUAAUUCCAGAAGGAAAGAACUUGAGGACGAACAAAUUGUUGUAGCUCCAAAUGAAUACGGUAUUACAACAGAUGAAGUACAUGCUCUCCCACUUAUUACAUCCUUACUUUUAGAAGAUCCUCAACUUCAUGAAAAGGUUAUGAGGAAGAAGAAAUCAAGUCUUCCUUAUCUUUUCAAUAACAAUAAUGAAGAGGUAAUAAAUUAA